CAGCCGGCUGGCGAGCCUACUCAUCCUCCUUCUUCCCCGUCAUUGCCGAUCUCCUUCAGAAAUGUACCCUUCAUUACAGAUCUGAACGCAAUUGAUCCUCUGCGUUCAAGCUAGAUUUCCAGAUUCCUGUCCGGGGGAGGGGGAAGCCUUUGAACGUUGAGAGGCGGGCACUGGAAGGGGAAAAUGUUGACGAAGUUCGAGACAAAGAGCAAUCGAGUGAAGGGUCUGAGUUUCCACAGCAAGCGGCCGUGGAUCUUGGCAAGUCUCCACAGCGGUGUGAUCCAGCUAUGGGACUACCGGAUGGGCACCCUCAUUGAUCGCUUCGACGAGCACGAUGGCCCCGUUCGCGGCGUCCACUUUCACAAAUCGCAGCCUCUCUUCGUUUCCGGAGGCGACGAUUAUAAAAUCAAGGUAUGGAAUUACAAGCUGCACAGGUGCCUGUUUACCCUCCUUGGGCAUCUUGAUUACAUCAGGACUGUUCAAUUCCAUCAUGAGUACCCAUGGAUAGUUAGUGCAAGUGAUGAUCAGACAAUCAGGAUAUGGAAUUGGCAGUCUCGGACAUGUAUUUCUGUCUUGACUGGUCACAACCAUUAUGUGAUGUGUGCCUCAUUUCAUCCCAAGGAAGACUUGGUUGUCUCAGCAUCUUUGGAUCAGACUGUUCGGGUCUGGGAUAUUGGUUCCAUGAGGAAGAAAACAGUUUCCCCUGCCGAUGACAUCCUUCGGCUGAGUCAAAUGAAUGCAGACUUCUUUGGUGGGGUUGAUGCUGUGGUGAAGUAUGUCUUGGAGGGUCAUGAUAGAGGUGUUAAUUGGGCUUCUUUUCAUCCGACACUCCCCUUAAUUGUGUCUGGGGCAGAUGAUCGCCAAGUGAAAAUUUGGAGAAUGAAUGACACAAAAGCAUGGGAGGUGGACACUUUGAGAGGCCACAUGAACAAUGUUUCUUCUGUUUUGUUCCACUCAAGGCAAGAUAUUAUCGUUUCGAAUUCAGAGGAUAAGAGUAUACGUGUGUGGGAUGCUACAAAAAGAACUGGUCUUCAGACUUUUAGGAGGGAACAUGACAGGUUCUGGAUUCUUACAGCUCAUCCUGAGAUGAACCUUUUAGCAGCUGGGCAUGAUAGUGGGAUGAUAGUGUUCAAGUUAGAGAGAGAACGUCCUGCGUGUUCUUUGAGCUCUGAUUCACUGUUUUAUGUGAAGGACCGGUUCCUGCGAGUUUUUGAAUACUCUACUCAGAAAGACACACAGCUUAUACCAAUUCGUAGGCCUGGGUCGAAUGGCUUGAAUCAAAGUCCACGAACCCUUUCAUAUAGUCCUACCGAGAAUGCUGUCUUAAUAUGCUCAGAAAUAGAUGGUGGUUCAUAUGAACUAUAUAUCAUACCCAAAGACAGUUAUGGGAGGGGUGACACUGUUCAAGAUGCAAAAAGAGGAGUUGGAGGAUCUGCCGUGUUCAUUGCUCGAAAUAGGUUUGCAGUGCUCGAGAAGAGCACUAACAGUGUUCUAGUGAAGAAUCUUAAAAAUGAAAUUGUUAAGAAAAGUGUUCUUCCUAUUGCUACCGAUGCUAUAUUUUAUGCUGGGACUGGAAAUUUGUUGUGCCGGGCAGAGGAUCGAGUGAUUAUUUUUGACCUCCAGCAGAGGAUUGUUCUUGGAGACCUUCAAGCAUCUUUUGUAAGAUAUGUCGUGUGGUCACAUGACAUGGAGAGUGUAGCUUUGCUUAGCAAGCAUUCUAUUGUUAUAGCUGAUAAGAAGCUGGUUCAUCGAUGUACCCUUCAUGAGACGAUCCGCGUUAAGAGUGGAGCAUGGGAUGAUAAUGGAGUAUUCAUAUAUACAACACUAACCCACAUCAAGUAUUGCCUUCCCAAUGGUGAUAGUGGAAUUAUUAAGACCUUAGAUGUCCCUUUCUAUGUAACAAAAAUUUAUGGAAACACAAUAUUUUGCCUGGACCGAGAUGGAAAGAACCGCCCCAUCAUCAUUGAUUCAACUGAGUACAUUUUCAAGCUAUCACUGCUGAGGAAGAGAUAUGAUCAGGUGAUGAGCAUGAUAAGGAAGUCAGAACUUUGUGGACAAGCCAUGAUAGCGUAUUUGCAGCAGAAAGGCUUUCCAGAAGUUGCUCUUCAUUUUGUCAAAGAUGAACGGAUCCGUUUUGGGUUGGCACUUGAGAGCGGGAACAUUGAGAUCGCCCUUGAAUCUGCUAAGAAGAUAGAUGAGAAAGAUCAAUGGUAUAGGCUAGGAGUGGAAGCCCUUCGGCAGGGUAAUGCUGGAAUCGUUGAAUAUGCUUACCAAAAGACAAAGAACUUUGAGAGGCUCUCUUUUCUCUAUCUGAUAACGGGAAACCUGCAGAAGUUAUCCAAGAUGAUGAAAAUUGCAGAGGUGGAAAAUGAAGUUAUGGGUCAGUUUCACAAUGCUUUGUACCUCGGUGACAUCCGUGAGCGUGUCAAGAUAUUGGAGAACGCUGACCAUCUGCCCCUUGCCUACAUCACAGCCUCUUCUCAUGGGCUCACUGAUAUUGCUGAGCGUAUUGCCGAAAAACUUGGUGACAACAAUAUCCCUUCAUUGCCGAAAGAAAAGAAGGCUUCUCUCUUGCUACCUCCGAGUCCGAUAUCAGGUGGAGGAGGAGAUUGGCCUCUGUUGAUGGUCAGUAGAGGCAUAUUUGAAGGGACUCUAAAUAUUCCAAACGAAGUUGCUUCAAAUGACGAGUAUGAAGAAGCUGCUGAUGCUGAUUGGGUUGAGGAGUUGGACAUUGGGGAGGUAGAGAAUCUACAGAACGUUGAUAUUAGUAGUAUGGUUUUGGAGGAUGAGGAAGGUCACGAAGAAGCCAAUGGGGGAUGGGAUUUGGAGGAUUUGGAUCUCCCACUCGAAAGUGACACACCAAAGACAGCUACUAAUGCAUCACGUUCUUCAGUGUUUGUUGCCCCGACUCCUGGCAUGCCGGUCAGCCAGAUUUGGAUGCAAAAAUCAUCCCUUGCAGCUGAACAUGCUGCCGCUGGGAACUUUGACACCGCGAUGAGGUUGCUUAACCGGCAGUUGGGAAUCAAGAACUUCUCACCUCUGAAGCAAUUGUUCAUCGAUCUUCACGUGGGCAGCCACAGUUUCUUGCUCGCCUUCUCUUCAGCCCCAGUGAUUUCUACGGCCGUUGAGAGAGGGUGGAGUGAUUCAGCGAGUCCCAACGUGCGGGGCCCACCAGCUCUCGUUUUCAACUUUUCUCAGUUGGAAGAGAAGCUGAAAGCUGGUUAUAAGUUGACGACUCAAGGGAAAUUCCCCGAGGCUCUCCGGACGUUUCUAAAUAUUCUUCACACAAUUCCAGUGGUGGUCGUUGAGUCAAGGCGGGAGGUGGAUGAAGUGAAGGAACUGGUUGUUAUUGUGAAGGAGUAUGUUUUGGCUCUUCAGAUGGAGCUUAAGAGGAAGGAAAUGGGGGACAACCCGGUCCGCCAGCAGGAGUUAGCAGCCUAUUUCACCCAUUGCAAUCUUCAGCUUCCACAUAUGAGGCUCGCAUUGCUUAGCGCCAUGACUGUGUGCUUCAAGGCAAAAAGUAUGGCCACAGCCGCCAACUUUGCCAGGCGGUUGUUGGAGACCAAUCCAAGCAAUGAAAAGCAGACCAAGGCGGCCCGCCAAGUUCUGCAGGCAGCAGAGAGAAACAUGCAAGAUGCAACACAGCUGAAUUACGACUUCAGGAAUCCUUUUGUCGUUUGUGGCGCUACCUAUGUCCCCAUCUACAAAGGACAGAAGGACGUCGCAUGCCCUUAUUGCACCACCCAUUUUGUCCCAUCCCAAGAAGGGAAUAUCUGUGCGGUUUGUGGUAUUGCUGUGGUUGGAGCAGAUGCAUCCGGUUUACUUUGCUCUCCUGCUCAGGUGAGGUAAAUACUCAGCUUUUUUUACCCAAAUUGAGCCAGUUAUAUAUUGUGGUUGACAUGUUUUUUUCCCUCUUCUACUUCUUUACCAUUGUUGAAAGCCAGCCAAAAAGAACAAGUUUUGAUCGGAUUCUUUAUUUAUACUCCCUAUUUCUUUUCAGCCAGUUUUUUGAACCUUUAAUUCUCCAAACUUUAAAAGUCACUACGAGUUUCAUUGUAAUAAUGAAGUGUGUAUCUCUCUCUACUUCUGAGGUUUAAGUUGGCGUAAUACGAUGGAAAAUAGCCUCCUGCCACCCAAUGACACUAGGAAAAAGCUACACGUAAAUCAAACUUGCAUGAAAUU